AUGUUUCUUUCAGUUGAUUUUUUGUAUAUCUUGUUGGUAUUUUGUGUUGGUAGUCGAGGGGUUGGAGCGCAAUCUUCAUCAACGUUGUUCGUGGGUGAUUAUCCGGUUGUCGCAUAUGCGAUUGGCUCAACUGCAAAUGUUGCCACAACGUAUUUAAUGGCAUGUCCAGCGGGUUCAAACCCCUUGACAUGUAACUUUCAACAACCCUACACGUUAACUCAAGGACCUGAAACCGUUCAAUAUGCAAUGACAUUCUCUGGCUCUACAACAAUGACUUUAGGUUGCGCGUUGUCCGGACCCGCAUCAAUGGCAUGUCAGGCGACCGAAUUGAUUCCCGGUACCACCAAAACUGCAUCAACAACCAUUAUUGGCGCAGCAGCUACGUCACAGUUUCGAUCAAUUUCAAUUGCUACAGAUUCUGCAGCUUUACUCACGUAUGCUGUUGUUGCGACUGCUGCGUCUAGUUCAAGCACGAUACCGUCAAGCUCUAGCGCAUCGGAAUCGAGUUCUAGUGCCGCGGUAUCAAAGACAAGUUCGGCUAAAAAUACGAUCAUUACAUCGGCAGCAAUAUUGGUAGAGACAAGUAAUGAAAACGUGAUUGCCACUAUUGGAACGAGCUCGAAAACUUCAUUUCCAGGAACUGCGACUCCUCUGUCUUCAUUGUCGAGUGUUACUUGGUCAAGUAGUAGCCCUACCGCUUCUAGUGUUACACCAACAAGUUCUUCAGGAGCUAGAUUGAGAGCUGGGGUAAGAGAUGGUGCUGGUCUUGGACUGCUGGGAGUUAUGGGUAUGAUUGGUGUGGGGUUUCUGGGAUUAUGA